AUGGGAUCUGUUGAUGCAUCUGGUAUGGUUCAAAGUGCACAAAUGCUAUUUGAAUUGCUUGAUAACAAAAUUGAUGAGAUUGGUGAGGAUUAUGUCAUUCAAGUUGUGACUGACAAUGUUGCAAACUAUAAGUUGGCUGGUAAAAUGCUUAUGGAAAAGAGAAGAAAGCUAUACUGGACUUCUUGUACAGCUCAUUGUUUAGACCUGAUGUUGGAGGAUAUAGGUGGUCUGAAAGACUUUAAGAAUGUGAUAGCUACUAGAUUUGCAACUCGCUUGUUUGACAUGUCGAGCUUAGUUAGGCAUAAGGAUGCAUUGAAGCAUUUGUUUAUUUCUGAUGAGUGGAAGGGUUCUAAUUUGUCAAAGACAGAGGCUGGAAAGAAAGUGGAAGAAACGGUGUUUGCUGUACCAUUUUGGAACACUGUGGAGGAUUUUAUUAGAGCAUCGAAGCCACUUAUUGUUGUUUUGAGGAUUGUUGAUGGUGAUGAGAGGCCUGCAAUGCCUGAAGUUUAUGUUGCUAUGGAAGAGGCAAAAAAGAAAAUACGUGAACAUUUAGCACAUAAAGAACGGUUGUGGAAGAAAAUUAUAAGUAUCAUUGACAGGCGUUGGGAGUGUCAGAUGGAGCGUCCAUUGUAUGGAGCCGCACUAUUUCUUAAUCCCGGAAAAUUUUUCAUGUUCAAGGAAAAUGAAAAUGGCGAACUGAUUGCCAAUCUACACAUCUCAUUGGUUGAUGUCAUGACCAGAUUGGUAGUUGACCCUGCUAUACAAGACAAGAUAACUUUGCAAAUUGAUGAUUAUAGAUAUUCAAAGGGUUGUUUCGGGAGGGAUAUGGCGAUUAGACAACGGACAACCAUAAAUCCUAGUAAGUAA